UCGGUUUGCUAGGGAGAGAUUAAAGUUUUCGACCCGUAUGCUCUACGGAGAAGGUUUUCCUGAGCUUUGCCGAAUCGAUUUGGGAGAGCCGUUUUAGUGAGUCCCAACUCGAGCCGUUCUCGGGAAACACUUCGCAGCUUUCUCCUCCUGCCCUGACAUGCUCCUUCCUUGUGCAUCUGAUUUCACAGAGAGCAAGAGACCAUCUCCGCAUGUGAGAGAAAGAGAGAGUCGUCGAGUUUCUUCCCCUUUUGCUAUAGACAUCCAAGAAUUCUUAUCUGGUUUUGGCGACGUAUCACCGCCGAAUCGCAGAUGAAAUGGCCGAGAACCAUCACGCCGCAGCAUGUCCAGAAGUUGAUUCGGGCGGAGAGAGACGUCCGCAAGGCCGUCCUCAUCUUCGACUCGGCCACCGCCGAGUACUCCAGCGGCUACCGUCACGAUGCCAAUACUUUCUCCCUCAUUAUCUCCCGAUUGCUCGCUGCCAACCAGUUCGAGCCCGCCCUCCACCUCCUAAACCGCAUGAGAGACGAGAAUCUCGAUUGUCCGGAACGCGUUUUCGUCUCCUUUUUCAAGUCCUACUCUCGAGCCCACCGUCCCCUCGACGCCCUUAGGCUGUUCCAGAAGAUGCGCGAGUUCAAUUGCUCCCCCUCUCCGAUCUCCUACGUCUCCGUCUUCGACGCCCUGGUCUCCGAAAACCAAAUGAAUUUAGCGCACAGAUUCUAUAGAUUUAUGCGCAAAAUGGGUGUUUCUCAGAACGUGGUUUCCAUCAAUGUGCUUAUCAAAGCGUUGUGCAAGAGCGCCGAUACGCUAGACUCGGCUUUGAGGGUUUUUAGGAAGAUGGGAGAUCAUGGGUGUGUCCCGGAUUGCUAUACUUACAAUACACUCAUCAAUGGCUUGUGCUCAUCUGGGAAGGUGGGUGAAGCUGAGGAGCUGAUGAAGGAGAUGGGCGAGAGAAAUAUCGAGCCUACUGUUGUUACCUAUAGCUGCAUCAUUCAUGGAUUCUGCAAAGCCGGCCAAUUCGAUGAUGCUGUGAAGCGUCUGGAUGAGAUGAAUGCAAGAGGAAUCGAGCCCAAUGUGGUUACUUUCAGCUCGCUGAUUGAUGGUCUCUGCAAAAGUGGGCGGUCUUUACAGGGCCUUGAGCUUUUAGGGAAGAUGACUAGCAAGCGUUUGGCUCCGAAUAUGAUUACUUAUAGUUCAUUGGUUUCUGGUCUUUGUCAGGAAAACAAGAUUCAAGAGGCGUUGGAAAUUCUGGAUCGGAUGAAGUUGCAGGGAUGGAAACCUGAUGCAGGACUGUACAAGAAGGUUGUCGCUGGUCUUUGUGAUGUGCACAGAUUUCGCGAGGCCGCAAAUUUUCUUGAUGAAAUGAUCCUUAGUGGAGUGAUUCCCAAUCGCGUCACUCGUGGGGUUCAUACUAGUAUGCAGAACAUGGUUGUUCAGGGGCUCUGUGACAAGGAGGACGCGAACAGGGCGUUUAUGGUUUAUCAGAAUAUGAGGGCACUGGGAAUUUCUGCUGAACCAAGAAGCUGCAAUGCACUAGUGGAUUGCCUGUGCAAGAAAGGGGAGGUUUUUAAAGCUGCUGGAGUUGUUAGUGAUUUGUUGGAUGAUGGACGCGCUCCUGAUGAAUGCACUUGGAAUGCAAUUGUCAGUGGCUUCUGGGGAAGGAGGAAGGUGCGGGAAGCGGCAGAAUUGAUGCAGAUUGAACUGAUAAAAUCAUGAAUACAUGAUACUCUGCGAUUCCCCAUCCUUGGACCGCAGCAUCUGUAAAGAAUGAUAUUUUGUUUUGAUUAGACCAAUCCAAAUUUUGUUGAGAUCUGAUUAAUCAAGAGCUUUUAAGCUCAAUCUCAACGUUUACGUUAAGCAAAGCAGGUUAACCGGAUGCUUUUAUAUGGGUUUUUUACUGCACACAAAUAGCAGAGUUGCCCUCGAACGCCUUAGAUGUUUGACAGAACGAUAGCCGUCAGGAGAUUGGAUUAACAAGGAAAAUCCAUCUGAAUUUUGUUCAAGUAGAACAAGUGAAAUUACAUUUGAAAGUGAAAUAGUGGCACUGAAUUGACAAUGUACAGUAGUGACUGACUCGUUCAUUCUCUCGCUCGUUGGAGGGUUCAGUAACUAUAUAUGAAGCUCAUUUUAUGUCACAUUGUGUUGGUGCUGUACAAAGCUUCUCAAAUACUGUGGGAUUUUUUUAGUUGAUUUUAAGAUCGUUCCAUGCUUUACUUCUAAGGGAACUGUCUCCUUCCAGCAAGCAUCAAGUUGCGCUUGAUCGUAUAUCACGUAUUUUAUUUGGCCUCAAGGGGAAUAAUGUUUGUUCUGUGGAAAUGCCAGUUUCAAUAUCUUUGUGUGUGAAAAUAACAAGCAAUUGUGCAACCACAUGUAAUUAUGAAAGUCUCAUCAUUCUUGAACGGCAA